AGCAUAAAGCGGACAUCAUGGUGUGCAAGUGGAACGCGUCCAACCAGCUGGAGAGCUUCGGCUACUGCUACUGGGACAUCCACGGCUGGUUCAGCCUCAUCAUCUGCAUUUACGGAGUCAUCACCAACAUCAUCAACAUCAUGGUCCUUACCAAGAAAUCAAUGUUAAACUCGAUCAACCUCAUCUUAACGGGCAUAGCAGUUUCGGACCUCGUCACCAUGCUGUCGUAUAUUCCGUUUGCCAUCCACUUCUACCUGAUGAACGACCUGUCUGUCACGCCUCAGCGUUACUCCUACGGCUGGACCAUCUUCAUGGCCGUCCACAUCAACCUCACCCUCACCACCCACACGGUGUCUAUCUGGCUGGCUGUCAUCAUGGCAAUUCUAAGGUACAUUUUCGUCCGACCAACUUCAAGAGGAUCCAAAACUCUGGACAACCAUUCUACGUUCCUUGUCAUCAUAUUCUCGUAUAUAGGGUCCGCGGUUCUCAUUGUUCCCAACUGUAUUACGACGGGGAUAAAGGAGACGUUCAGCCCAACCUUCAACGCCUCUCUGUACAGACUCAACCCACCAGCUAUUGGGAAGAACGAUACGGAUGUAAUGGCUCUGGUGAAUUUCUGGCUUUACCCAGUUGCUGGGAAGAUGAUUCCAAUAGUAUUGAUAUCCAUAUUUGGCGGUCUUUUACUCCACACGCUACGGGAGACGGACAAGAGAGGUCGAAGACUCAAGGGCGGAAAUUACGGUUCACAACACAAGGCUCAUAGACGUACAACGAUAAUGCUACUGGCAGUCAUAGUCAUGUAUAUUUUGUCAGAGGUGCCACAGGCUAUUCUCGUUAUUCUCAGCGCAUGCGUGGAUGGAUUCUUCGUCCAGGUGUACGCACCCCUUAGUGACCUGAUAGAUUCUGUUGCUCUCAUUAACAGUGCCGUGAACUUUGUCAUGUACUGCACAAUGAGCACCCAGUUCAGGCGUUGUCUGAUGGAAAUGAUCCACAAGUGGCUACAGCUGAUUCGGGAGAAGAGCAAAGUGGCCUGGCCUAACAAAGAAUCAACGGAGGCAACGUUCGUAUGAAACAUGCUAUCUCAGGACCUAGGGCAAACUCUUAAUCAAUAACGAGUCCGUGUGCACGAAUAAUCUUGUCCACCGGGGUUCGCCUAGUGUUGCAUGUGCCUAUAUGAGAUACAGCGCUAGUCCAGUGUAAAUAUCAUCAAUGACACGACCAUGGUUCGUGGUGUUUGUACAUACAGUCGUUAACACUGUGAUAGAUAUACAUGUGUUGUUGGUCGUAUAGCAACCAAAGAUACCAGUAUGUGAAUUGUCGAGGUUCGUGUAAACGUCGUAAUUAUGUGUUUUAGAGACUGUGUGUGAUUUGUGCCUAUGAACCUACAAUACCCCAACACACUCACAGAUACAUCCACACACAAACACACACAUCCCAUUACGUACCCUUCAGUACAUAGCUCUGUUUUCAAUAUAUGUCAAAUGUUUAUAACAGGGUGAAAAGCCGGUUCUGCAUAAUCCUCCAUUCCGUGUAUGCAAUUAACGUCUGUUUUCACAUGGUGUCAUCUGUCAUCCACGUGAUGCAUCGGUGUCAUUUGUAUCACACGUGGUAAAUUGGUGUUAUCUGUUACACACGUGGUGUUUUGGUGUCAUUUGUCAUCCACGUGGUAUAUUGGUGUCAUCUGUCAUCCGCGUGGUGUAUUGGUGUCACCUGUCAUCCACGUGGUAUAUUAGUGUCAUCUGUCACACACGUGGUGUAUUAUGCCAUCCGUCAUCCACGCGGUAUAUUGGUGUCAUCUGUCAUCCGCGUGGUGCAUUGGUGUCACCUGUCAUCCACGUGGUAUAUUGGUGUCAUCUGUCACACACGUGGUGUAUUGGUGUCAUCUGUCAUCCGCGUGGUGCACUGGUAUCACCUGUCAUCCACGUGGUAUAUUGGUGUCAUCUGUCACACACGUGGUGUAUUGACGCCAUCUGUUAUCCACGUGGUUUACUGGUGUCAUCUGUCAUCCACGUGGUGUAUUGGUGUCAUCAGUCACACUUGGCGUAUGGUUGUCAUCUGUGGCACAUGUUGUGUAUUGGUGUCAUCUGUCACACACGUUAUAUUCACUGUAUGUAUAUCUAUGACUAUCCACACAUGAGAUGCACAUGUGAUGUAUACACCGUUACACAUGCACGUGAUCGGGUACACACACCACAUUUGGAUGUCACACCCCUGAUAUAGGCAGUUCCCAUAUGUACACAAACGUGAUUUCAACACACAGUUCACGUGUGUGCUGUGUCCCAGGUUUUGCUAUUUCACCCACAUGAUCUGUCAUGUGACCUACUACAGUAGGUACGGUUAUUUCGAAAUAACGGAUGUAACAAACUGUUUUUGGUUACACCCACUUUUUGUAUAUUAUACCCGAACUCGAACAACAAACUACUGUUAUAGCGCACUAAGACAGUAGUUCCUUUGAGUUCGUUAUAACUGUGGUUUACUGUCAGUACCCUUAUUCCCAUGUUUGUGUCGAAUACUAUAAAUGUGUGUAUCAAUUCCAUGAAUUUAUUAUGUAAAUG